AUGAUUAGGUUGAAGGUGACUCAUGCACAGGAUAUAAAACGAAUCAAGAAUUUGCUCGAGGAGAAUCAAUGGUUGAAUAAGUCCUUCAAAAUCGAGAAAAGUGAUAGUGUUUUUCACAUCUACACUAUAUUGGAAUCCCUUCCGGAAAAGUUAUCUCAUUUGCAAUGGGAUCGCUAUGAAAUGGAGAAACCAGUCCAAUCGCUAACCUCUAUCAGGGACAAGUAUUGCAAUGAGAACAAUGUACCUUACUUUGAUGUUCCAAAGAGAUGGACCGUGUAUCCUCCAAUGUUACUUUUCAGUACCAACACAGAGGAUUCCCUACCGAGAGAGUUUUGCAGUUACCUUCUCCACCACUAUCAAGCAAUGUUUGGAAACAAAAGCCUCACUCAUAUUGCAUUGAAUAGGCCAAUUAUAGAGUCGGAUGUUAUUAGACGGCCUACGAACUUAGUACCCUUGUAUGGAGACUUUGGACCCGAAGUGACAGACGUACCAACAGUGAAGGAUUUUGACGAUGCAUUUUGGUGUCUGGUGGUGCAGAAUGGAAUCCACCAAACCUGGGCGCCGAAAUACACAAUGUUUUCCAGAGGUAACAUUAAGGAGAAGAAACGGAUAUUGGAUAGUUAUAAAGGGCUAAAAGGGACAAUUGUGUUUGAUUUUUAUUGUGGUAUUGGCUACUUUUCAUUGAGUUAUUUAAGAAAUGGUGCAAAGGUACUAUGUUGGGAGUUGAAUCCGUGGUCUAUAGAAGGCUUCAGACGAAGUUUGGAGCAUGCUGGAUACAGGUACAAAAUCUACGGCGAGGGGGAUUCUUUUUCAAGUGAUGAUGUUAAAAAAUACGAUGCAUGUCUAUUUCUAGAAAACAAUGAAGAAAUACCUCAAAGACUUGAAUAUGUACAACGCAAUAGUUUAAACAUAAGUCAUAUCAACUUAGGCUUACUACCUACCUCAAGACACAGUUGGCCCAUUGCAAAUAAUUUAAUUGCUGAAAAGUCAAAUUCAAGUACUAUCAUUCACGUGCACGAAAAUGUGCACGUUGAUGAAUUUGAUAAGAUGAAAGGUGAAAUAGAGUCAAGCUAUGACAACGGUGUAGUCACACAUAUUGAAAAGAUAAAGACGUUUGCACCAGAUGUGUGGCACGCCGUUUUCGAUGUUGUCAUUGAUAAAAACUGUGGAGUAGCGCAUUAG